AUGAGAAUUUGUUCUACAAAGCCAAUAACUUACUUUAGUGUUAUAUGUGAUGAGGAUUUUGUUGUGCUAAAUACAAGGCAAAUGGUUAUGAGUCGAAUGGUUAUGUUCAGAGUGCUCACCUGGAGACAUGAUUGCUUCUUUAAAGGUCUUGAAAUCACACCAGCAAGGAUUAGAGCAUUUUUGCCUAAAGUUAAAUGGGAUUCAUUGCCUUCUAUGCAUAUUACUGGUCGUACUGGUGCAGGAUGUGAAUCAAAGAGUGCUGUGUACAAAGCACUUUAUAGGCUGUUUGGAGGAUUUGUUGCUGAUGUAGUUGCCGCAAUUGAUCAGGAGCUGUGUCCCUAA